AUGCCUUACAACACCACAGCUAUCCCUCCGAGGAAGGAGACGGAGGCUACCGGCCAGACUCAACUACCAUUGACGAGGGUGAAGAAGAUCAUCGCAACGGAUCCUGAUAUUGCGAUAUGCUCUAACAACGCUGCUUUUGUCAUCACUCUUGCUGCGGAAAUGUUCGUUCAACACCUGUCCAGCGCUGCACACGAUGCCACCAAGCUAGACACCAAGCCCAGGAAGAAUGUCCAGUACAAGGACGUCGCGAGCGCCGUGGCGACAAACGACAACCUCGAAUUCCUCGAGGAUGUCGUGCCCAGGACCCACACCUACAAGUCGGUCAAGCAAAGAGCCCAGGAGACGCGCGCGAGGAUCAACGGCGAGCCAGGCGUCGACGAGAAGAAGCCUCGCUCCAACGGCAAGAAGCAGCAGAAGCUCACGGCCAACGGGGCUGCCGAUCGCAGCGGCACUGCCGACGAGCAUUCCGAGGAUCCCAACGCCCAGCUUGAACUAGAGGCCAGCCAGGCCGCCGGCGAAGAUGUGCCCAUGAGGGACUAG